CCUCAGAACGCGCUUUUUGGACCGCCCUGCUGGCGUUACGGGCCAUCGUCCUAAACUUCUCCCAGACGGAAGACGGAAUAUGAUGGCAUAUCAUGCCCUGCUGGAUCAUGUCUUUCGCUCGCUUGCUUGGUGGAUCGUCCGCGUCACUGAUGUGAGGAGCUUCAGCAAUCAUUACAUUGCAGUCCUUGCACGUUGGUCAGUCAAGCUCAAGACCAUUGCCCUGGAUCCAACACGGUGGGCAGAGAACUCGUUGGCGCGCGCAGAAGACGUUCUUCGACAAAUCAACACCAUGCAAAAGAGUGAAGAUGUCAUUGUUAUCGAGUUUCCUGGAGAUGAGAAAAAGCCGGUCGUGUUUCCAAAUGACACUGAUUGGGACAUCGGGUACUAUCAGGGCAAAAGCUUGUUCCGUGAUCAGCUCCAUACGUUGGUGUCCGCGGUGUUAUCCUCCCUCGACGUCCGAUUCCUCCUCCUUGGAGACCAACUGCGCACGCUUCUCUGUCGAAGUGGGCUCGACCAAGAACUGCGUCAGUUUACCAUAAACGGGAGCGGUGCAAUCCAAACAUCUACCAAUAUCAAGGACAUGCUUCGAAGCUAUACAGCUCUCAAACUUCUGCUGGCAAUAUCACGCAAAAUAGGCCAGGUCGAAGACAUUCCGGCCAGUCAUUCGGACAACUCAGUCAAGGUCGUCUGGAACUGCCAGAGUGACAAUUCUCAGCCCAAACCUGAUACAGGCACUGUUGAGACCACUCGACUGGAUCAUGUUGUGUCUCUCCUCCUGCCAAUGGCCAUUGCAGGCCAGUCUGCGAGAGUGACUUCCCUAGAUACACUACUAAGCGUUUUCGUGAGAGCAGCAAAUGAACCCCCACAGCCUGCCUUGCAGGUAUCAGUCGAGAAUUUCCCGAGGCUUGAGGUAAAUUUAAGCAUGCGAUGGAAUCAUGCUGCCAGAUCACGAGAUGCCAAGAGGGAGGCCGGUGUUUUGCCGCCGUUCAAAGCGCCACUCAUGGUUUCAGAGGACGAUACAGAAGUAGACAUCGGCAAUGACUCCCCCGAGUAUUUGCUGCGGCAAGGUGUCGCACAGGUCUUGCAGGACUAUGCAUCUCGGAAGGCCGAGAUCCUGAGCUGGACUGUAACACAAGAUACUGUCAGCGUGAGCACAAAGCGAUACUCAAGCACUGCUCUAGUUAUCGCUAUAGGCGCCAUUCUCGGCAGCAUCCCACUACCCUUCGUUGUAAAGGAUAGUCUGCCGGGUGUGGACCCCUUCCAGCUGGUCAUGUUCAGCUGGCUCCUCGUCGGUGCUUUCCUCGUGGUGGCCAAGAGCCGGUACGUGGAGAACUGGCCGUGGCACGACUUCCUCCGCAUGCAGGUCGUUUGCCGGAGUGUCUCAGAGCUGGCCAAGGCUGCAAGAGUGGACAGGCAGGCUGUCUUGCUACACCUUCUACAUCACGAGUAUCGACACCCCUUGGUUUUCAGUGGCCCAUAUCCGGGCAUGUUUCGUCGCCAGAAGGACUCCGGAGGCUUCAACGUCGACGUCCCCACGCAACACGCCACUAUUGUAGCAGCUGGGUUCAUCGUCUUCGAAGGUUUCGAGUCGCAACUUGAUUCGGACAAGUUGGAGAAGCGCACAGUCAUACAGGACACGCGAGAGGGCAGGGACGGCGAAAGGCUUGCGUUUCAGGUGGAUGAAAUGUCUCGUACAGUAGCUGGGAAGCGUAGGCUUAAGCGUAUCAAAGGGCAAAACGAAGAGGAGGAGCAACGCAUUAUUCGACGUUUCGAGGUACUUGGUCUCUCGACCAAGGACUGGAACUUUACUUAGCCCGGAUUUUCUAGAACAGGACAACGUGAAAUUGAGCAUACUAUCAUCUUCGGUACGAGACCACUUGGCCCAUUCUGGUCGUGCCGCCAGUGAUGAUAAUGGCGAUCCGCAUUUCUCUUCAAAGGGCUGAUGCUAGAAUAGAUUAGAUGAAUAAUAAGG